GCGGCGGGCGCGGGGCCCGGGGCGAUGGCGCUGCGCUGCCUGCUGCUGCUGCUCUGCGGGGCCGCGCUCGGGCCCGCCGUGCACCUCGACUUCGCCGAGCACCGCAGCCAGGCCGCCAAGAUCAAGGUCAACCCCCGCGGCAACCUCUGGGCCACAGGUCACUUCAUGGGCAAGAAGAGUGUCACGGGCUCCCCACACCUGGAGGCUGCCGAGGAGCCUGCAGUGCCCGUGGUGUUUGGUCCCUCUCUCCGAGCCCUGCUGGAGGACAUGAUGGAACUGCUGACCCGGGAGCUCCUGAAAAUCCUCUUGCAAGAAAGGCUGCUGGAUGAGAACCAAGGGAAAUACGACCUCACUGGCCAGGAGACAGGGCUUUUAACAAAGGUGCUGGAGAAGUACUUCUCAAACUGAGGAGGAGCAGCUGGGCAAGGUCAGCUGUGCCUGCUGAACAGAGGAGAAGCUUCGUCCUUGUGGGUUCCUAUAGCAACAGCACUUUUAUUUAUUCUUUCUGAAAUAUUGUUAAUAGUGAUGGUGUGUGUGGAAGUGGAGCCUCCCUGUGUGUUUUGUGUUUCCUCGAUGUCUGAUGUGCCUGUGUGAAUAAAGCUGGUUCUUUGCACAGA